CGCGAUUUUCGUAAAGUGCGCCCUCUUUACAUGUGGCUUCUGUGCUAGCGCGAACCUUUGAGAAAAACCGCCAAAAUGCAGAACGAAGCCGGUGAAUACGUGGAUUUGUACAUCCCCCGCAAGUGCUCUGCAAGCAACAGGAUCGUUGCCGCCAAGGAUCAUGCCUCGGUCCAGAUCAACGUUGGCGAGGUGGAUCCAACUACUGGUCUUUACAACGGCAGCUUCAAGACCUACGCCGUGUGUGGUCCCAUCAGACGAAUGGGUGAAUCGGAUGACAGCAUCAACAGGCUAGCGCUCGCAGACUCUGUCCUGGCCAAGAACUUCAACCAGCAUUAGGUGAUCUUGGGGGAAAUUCACAGCCGACCAAGAUGGCACAGUUGAGGACACUGACUUCGUGCUGACAUCAGACCCCUCCAGAAGUCCACAAAGAAUCCGUCGACUCAUUCGUUCAGACUUUGGCAGUUGCAGAAAAUGUGAUCAAAUCUGCAAUGCGUCAGAUUCUCAUGUACCAUAUUUCAGCAAAUGAACAAGUUUUGUUUAUCUGAAAAAUGCAAUUGCAGACAUCUGUCGGUGAAUAAAUCCCUUCUCAGUUGUGAAAUGUA